AUGAAUCUUAUGUGUAUUCAAAAUGGGCUCUCACGCCAAUUUCAAAGACUUGGUAGAUUAAUAGGAGGUCAUCCUUUAUAUUUCAUCGCAGGUUCGUUACUUUUAUCAAUAGCACUGUCUUCGGGUAUUCUGAAUAUUCAAAUUAGUAGAAAUGCUGAUUAUCUUUUUACAUCAACUGAUGGAGGUGUUGAAUUAGAUGAAGAAGAUUACAUUACAGAUUUAAAGAGCGUAAGACAAUUUUAUAUUUUAGAUUUCAGCGAUAGUAAAAAACUUGAAGCGAUAAAACAAUGGCAACAACAAGUUUAUAAUUUUAUGAAAUAUUAUCAUUCGGAUGUCAUUUGUCUUUCUUAUAUAAGUCACCAAGUUAUCGAUGAAGAGAUCAAAGGAUUUACUAACAGACUUCUUCCGAGGAUUCCAUUUGUGGUAUUAAUAAUUGCAGUGUUUUCAUUUAUCACUUUAAUAACUAACGAUUGGGUUAAAAGUAAACCUUGGCUUGGACCUUCUGCAUGUCUUUCGGCUGGAAUAGCUAUUACUAGUGGAUUUGGUUUAAUGUCGUAUAUUGGAAUCGAAUACGUAGACUUUAACAUAGCUCUUUGCUAUUCUGUUCUAGGAAUUGCAUUAAGAAUUUAA